AUGAAAAACAAAACCUUUCUUACAGAAUUCAUUCUACUGGGACUAACAGAUAUCUCGGAGACUGAAGCUAUCAUUUUUAUACUUCUCUUCCUCACUUACAUAUUCAGCAUCAUUGGAAAUCUGACAAUCAUUACCCUCACACUAUUGGACUCCCACCUACAGACUCCCAUGUAUUUCUUCCUCCGAAAUUUCUCCUUCUUGGAAAUUUCCUUUACAACAACUUUUACUCCUAGACUACUGUUUAGCAUCACAACCGGAGAUAAGACCAUCAGCUUUGCCGGAUGCUUCACUCAGUAUUUCUUUGCCAUAUUUCUUGGGGCCACAGAGUUUUACCUUCUAGCUGCCAUGUCCUAUGACCGUUACGUGGCCAUCUGCAAACCCCUGCAUUAUACUACCAUCAUGAGCAACAGGGUCUGUAUUCAGCUGGUUCUCUGCUCCUGGUUGGGAGGAUUCCUGAUCAUCUUAUCUCCAAUCAUCCUGACCAGUCAGCUGGAUUUCUGUGCAUCAAAUGUGCUGAAUCAUUACUAUUGUGACUAUGGGCCACUCAUGGCGAUAUCCUGCUCAGACACAAGACUCCUGGAACUGAUUGACUUUAUCUUAGCAGUUGUGACCUUGGUGGUCACCCUGGGGCUGGUGAUUCUCUCCUACUCAAACAUCAUCAGGACUAUUCUGAAGAUCCCCUCUGCUCAGCAAAGGAAAAAGGCCUUUUCCACAUGUUCUUCCCACAUGAUUGUCAUCUCCCUCUCCUAUGGCAGCUGCAUCUUCAUGUACGUAAAACCAUCAGCAAAAGAUGGAGUUGCCUUCAAUAAGGGAGUAGCUGUGCUCAAUACCUCAGUUGCCCCUUUACUAAACCCAUUCAUUUACACUCUAAGGAAUAAACAAGUAAAACAAGCCCUCAAAGAUGUGGUCAGAAAGAUCAUGAGUCUUUAA